GGAACGUGCCAGUCUGGGACGAGUCUCCACUUCCGUACUCGGUUUUUUAUAUCCUGUGAAUUGUUUGCAUCUUCGUUACGUUAUGGGAGAGAAAGAGUACGAAGCAACAUACAAAAUUCUUAUUCUUGGGGAUAGCGGUGUUGGAAAAACCUGUCUGAUCUUUAGAUUCAUAGAGGAUGUAUUUUCUGACUCGUAUAUUUCAACGAUUGGUAUUGACUGUAGAAGUCGAGUUGUAAAUCUAGAUGGAACAAAAGUGCGCCUCCAAAUCUGGGACACAGCUGGUCAGGAAAGGUUCAGAACUCUCACCAGUGCAUAUUACAGAGGAGCAAUGGGUAUUAUUUUAGUGUAUGACAUCACCACUGAGGAUUCGUUUAAACACAUAGCACAGUGGCUACAGAAUAUUCAGGAUAAUGCUUCACCGGAUGUUUGUAAAGUUCUAGUGGGUAACAAGGUGGAUGCUGAAGAUGAGAGAGUCAUAGAGAGUUCAAGAGGAAAAUUAAUAACUGAAAAUUCUGAUUCAGAACUAGAAUUUUUUGAAACCAGUGCGCGGUCAGGAGAAAAUGUGACAGAGGCUUUUAUGGCAGUUGCCAGGAAGAUCAAAGAAUUCAGGGAAAGAAAGGGUGCAAGGUUUGCUUAUCAAGAUGGCCUUAAUCCCGUACUUGAAUCAGAACAGCAACAAGAAAAUUCUCACUCCGCUGCUUGUUGCAGUUCGUGAAAGGCUCAGUUUCCAUCAAUUUUAUAAUGCCUGAUCACAGGAAUUGAAUGGCCGUAUCCGUAGGAAGACGGACAUUACGUCUCAAAUACAUUAUGCGUCCAACUGACAUAAUCACAAGACUGUUAAGUUCGUCCUACGCUUGUUCUACCAUAAAUACGUCUUAUUUUCCGUAUUUAACUAACCGCAUAAUACAAUUGAGACCUAUGAUAAGUCUUCCUAGGUAGCUACGGCCAUUGACGCACGAGUUAAUUAAAGGUUAUUACUAUAAUUAAGGACAAAAAUCAGCGAUAAUAAUUUCGAAUGACGUUUCGAUGACACGUUCGUCAUUUUCAAUUCAUUGUAGAGUUUUUAAUCACAUGCAAAGAGACUUUCACACGUAUUCUCAAUAUAUAAAGAAUCCGUACGAACCUGACAUUUAGAAUUUGAAAACGAUGAACGAGUCAGUCGAAAUUUUUAUGGCUGAUUUUUAUUCUUAAUUGUUUGUCGAAAGCCUCCGUUAUCACUAUAAUAACACUAGUUAUGCAAUGCUUUUCAGUGGUUUACCGUGAAAUAUCCCACGAUCAAGUCACUUGUAUUUUCUCGUUAUACACACGAGGCUUUAGGCGAGUAUACCAAAAAAAUACAAAUGAAAAGUUCGCUGUCUCAUGGUACACCAUUCGAAAGCAUUGCAUAACUAUAUUAUACCAUGCCAUGGAAAAUACAGUGGCCAACACAACCUAUGGCAUGGUAUAAAUAAAUGUAAAAUACAACAAAAUCAUGCUAUUAUAAGGUAUUAUCAACGGUUUGUAAAUUUUGGAAGCUUUGUACCCGUUUGCGUUUUACACCUUGCAUAUAUAUAUUUAAAGAUGCGUUAAAGCGUGACGUGAAAAGUUUCUCGAUUUUUCCAUGGGACUCUCACUUCUCGGGGGGAAAAAAUAAUCAAAUUGAGUUCGAGGAAUGAAUAAAUAAUAUUUUUUUUGUUAUAUUCCAAAGCAUAUUCGUAUU